AUGGAGCUGAUUCAACUUGUAUUGCAAGGACCUCGUCUUUCGCAAUAUGAUUUAUUUUAUGGAUUAUCAUUUUCAUUACGCAUUUCAUUUUUAAACACUACUAAUAAAGCAGCAUCUCACAAAAACGCACUCAGAACAUCCACGUCUUCAUCAGUGAAGACAAUCGAUGAAAAAUGGCUUCAUCCAGAUAUGACCAUGAACAAAAUUCAAAAAACGUACGGUCCAGUCAACGAAUUAAAGUUUGAAUUACGUCUGAGAUAUUUUCCUCAGUCAAUUGAAACAAUAACUCAUGAUAAGACAACAUUUGGCUAUUUUUAUGAACAAUUACGCAUUGAUUAUCUACGAACAAAAUCGGGUCUUGGUACAACGAGCGACAUCAUCGAACUUGGCUGUCUUGAAAUCAGAAAAUUAUUCAAAGAUUUAAACCCCACAGCAUUAGAUAAGAAAAUAAAUGUUGAUUAUUUGGAAAAAGAAAUUGGUCUGAGAAAAUUUUUUCCAGAAACUAUUCUCAAUUCUUACAAAUCAGCAAAAAUGACAUCGUUCGAAAACAUACUUGCCAUUCUAACAACAAAAUCGCCUAUUGAUCAUCGUGGAUUAAUGAAACUGACAGUUUCUGGAAUAAGCGAGCCGUUAACAUUUACUUUUUCAUCGUUAUCGGAUGCAAACGAUGUUGCUAUUCUGAUUGAUGGUUAUUGUAUGUUAGUUAAUCGCAAAACAGUGUCAAUAUGGCGACUGAUAGACAAUGAAUCAAAAACGUCACGUUCUUGUAUCUCACCUCCACCAUUUCUGGCUCCACAUCCACUUUUACUGAUAAAUUCGUCAGAUCAUUUGAACGAUAAAGAUAGCAAUGUAAAUAAUAAUAAAAACAGCAACAGUCAAUCAGCAUUGUCAUUUAUUUCCCAGCACGAUGAACACGAGGAUGAUGAUGAGUUAAAUGGCGAUUAUGCGGCGAUAUUAGCUCCCAACUAUCAAAUAGAUCGUAAGCAAAUUCAGAUGAUCGAAGCACUUGGACACGGUCAGUUUGGAGACGUUUAUCGUGGCAUUUUGAAAACUAAUCGGCAAAUCGAACUCGAUGUUGCAGUUAAAACGUGUAAAGAACAAGACUCUUUAACAACCGAAAAAUUUCUUGAAGAAGCUUAUGUCAUGCAGAAAUUUGAUCACCCACAUAUUAUCAAACUUAUUGGCAUUUGUACAACCCAUCCUAUUCUCUUGAUCAUGGAAUUAGCCAAAUUAGGCGAAUUGCGUUCAUAUUUGGUUGCCAAUCGAAAUGAUUUUGAUGUUAUUACAUUAUUAGUCUAUUGUCAGCAACUCAGUUCGUCCCUAUCCUAUUUGGAAACAAAAAAAUUUGUGCACAGAGAUAUUGCUGCACGAAACGUUCUUGUUUCAAAUCAUGAAUGUGUCAAAUUGUCAGAUUUUGGAUUAUCACGAGAAAUAGAUAAUUCCUAUUAUAAAGCAAGCAAAGGAAAAUUAUUACCUGUAAAAUGGAUGGCUCCAGAAUCAAGUAUACCGAAUUCGGAGGUAAUUGAUAAAAUAGAGAAUGGUGAAAGAUUACCAAUGCCAAGUCCAUAUUGUCCUCCAAAACUGUUUGAACUCAUGAAAGAGUGCUGGCGAUACGAACCUUCGUUGAGGCCGUCAUUUACACAAAUUGAAGGUAGCAUUAGAUCCAUACUCGAUAAUGAACGUUCAAACGUUAAGUCAUUUGUUCAAUUUAAAGAUCGCAUAUUAGUUCCAUUGAAUAAAGCAAUGCCACUAUUGCAGCAGACCCCAUCUUUUGAUAGGCCACUCAUUCCUGUUUUUCCCUCGUCUUCAUCAUCAAUAUUAUUAACGCCGACAACCACCUCUGAAUCUUUAUCAGUUUCUUUCUCUCUCUCGUCAUUUCAUUCUACCUCUCCACCAUCGAACGAUCCGUAUCCAUCAAAACCUCCGAGAGUGUCAAAAAAAGACAAUCUGUUGAGACGUUAUCAGACGAUAAACGCUCGUACUGGAAAUUCAUAUUUAAAACAAAUCAAUAAAGAGUCAGAGACCAACAGUUAUGUUACUGAAAAUCUAAUUGAGUUAUUUCAUUCACAAACAAAACAAAUCAUUAAUGCCGUAUUAACGUUGACACGUCAAACAGAUGGUGUCGAAACGGCUUAUAGACAACAAUCAGAAACAACUGCAGUCUAUGAUGAUAAAGAACGAAUGAUGCUCGUCAGAAAUGUAGCCAUUUCUGUCAGAGCUCUUUUACAAACGUUAGAUUAUGCACCAAACGAAGUCAAAGAAAUGUCUGAACAACGUUACAAUCAUUUUUCAAGUUUGGUUGUAUCAUUAAUUGAAUCUGUUAGACAACGACAAUACCAAAAAACGACUGAUUUAGCUGUCGAUAUUGCCAAAACGGCCAAGAAACUAUUUGACGAUAUUCUCUACGUCUUUAAAUUAAUCAAAUUAUCUCCGAUAGAUUAA